AUGGGUCAAGGCGAAGGCCUUCGAGAUGUGACCGACGAGAUCGAGGAUGAUGCACAACUUGAGGGAACACGCAAUGAGAAGGAAGGAGAACAGCCUGAGCCAGAGCAGCCGAAGCCUGAAGAGGACAAAGCCCGUGAAGUUGGAUUUGACCUGGACACUGAAGCCAAGGCUAUGCCGGAGAAAGAGGAAGAUCAGCAGCAAGACCAAGAGAAAGAUAAUGAAGAAGAGCAAGAGUUGGAUCGUCAACAAGGCGAGGUCGACCUCUCAAAAGGUGGCACAUUGGACGAAAAGCUUUGGAACGGAGAUGAGGACGACAAGGAAGAUGAAGAAGAUGGUGAUGCCAACAAUGAAAAGGAGAAAGGCCCUCAAGAAGAAAUUGAGGCACAUGGUGCUGAAGGCCAAGGGGAGGCGGAAACCACCGCAAAAGAUGGGGAAGAUAGUAAGUCGAAGAAAGAUCCCAAAAACGAGGCAAAAGAUGUAGAGAAAGAAGAUAUUCCCGAGCAGGAGCCACAGGAGCCAGACAAGACGGACUUCGAAGACAAAGACGCACAGUUUGAUGUGCAGAUGCAGCCACAAGGGCCUUCUGGUGCAGAUGGCGAAGGCGAAGGCGAAGGCGAAGGUCAAGGCGAAGGGGAGGGCGAACAAGGUGAUGCUGACUCUGACUUUAUCAAGUCGGACAUCGAGAUGGAGGGAGAGGGUGGUGAAGAUGAUGAAGACGAAGGAUCUGAAGGCAAAUGUGAAGAGGAAGUGGGUGAUCUUGAUGCAGCUGAGCCUGGUGUCCCGCAAGAAAAGUUGGAGGAUGGGCCCGAUGCGCUGGAGCAGGAUGGAAUGGAGCCUUGCGUUCAAGGAGAGGACAAGCCACAAGAAGAACAGGACGACAACGCCGAGAACAAGGACGUCGAUCCUUCGAAAGCGCAAACGACCGACGGGUCGAAGCCUCCAGAGCCGCUGCAGCAAGGAGAUCCGGGCACGCCAUCUGCUGGGAAGGAUACCACAGCUCCGCAGCAACGGCAGCAGGACGAGCAAAUGUUCGGAGGUAGCACAGGGGAAUCUGCAAACUUUCAGUCGCAAGCUCAGCAAGAUGCCCAAGAUGCAUCAGCUGGAGAUGAAAGAGGAGGCUCCACUGCGACUGCAACUGAUUCGCGUGGAGAUCGAACUGAAGUACCAUCAGCCAAGCCUCAAAAGUCAGCAGCAGACAAGACGCAGGCUCCAUCAAGGCCCAGUCCGGCAGAGGGAGAAGGCAGUGAGGAGCGCCGCUUGCAGAAGCUUGACAUUUUGCGCGAAGCAGAUGGUGGGGAUGACGCAAUGGGCCAGCAGCAAGAAGCUGGUGCUGAGCAAGGGCUGCACUUGGCAGACCCCAAAAGUGGCCUGGAAGCGCUGGGUGAGACGAAGGAGAAUGCUGGCGUUGAUCAAAAAGCCAUGGGAAUCACAGAGCAGGAUGGUGAGGCUGAAGAAGAGAAUGAGGCAAUGGCCAUGGAUGAGGAGCAACCAGGAAAGCAGGAACAGAAGCUGCCAAGCAUGCACCUGCAGGAGACCAAGGAAGGUGAACUUCCAGAUGAUCAAGGCAGGCUGUCACAGGCACCUCCUCAGGAAACUGAGGAGAAAAUGCAGCUGGAGGGACCCCGUGGCGGCACCAACGUGUCCAACGUGUCGGCGACCCUCGGGGACUCUCGACACCAGGCGAUGGAGGUGGAUGCGGAGGGCGAAGCUGAGGAUGAGGUCGUAUGGAAGAAGAGGUCAGAGCACGAGGCCAUGCAGCUUUGGGGAGAGCUUGAAAGGAGCACAUCGCCUCUAGCUGCCGCCCUCUGCGAACAGCUUCGCACGAUCUUGGAGCCGACCUUGAAAGGUCGGCUCCAGGGAUACUUCCGAACCGGGAAGCGAAUCUCGAUGAGAAGAGUGAUCCCCUUCAUUGCCUCCAAUUAUCGGAGAGACAAGAUAUGGCUUCGUCGUACGAAGCCUUCCAAGCGAGAGUACCAGAUUGUCGUGGCCAUCGACAAUUCACGCAGCAUGAAAGAAUGCAGUGUCGGACCAAUCGCACUACAAACUCUUUGUGUCUUAUGUCAGGCCCUUGCCCAGUUGGAGGUUGGAGAAUAUGCAGUCCUUGCUUUCGGGAGUGCAUCUCCUCGGGUUCUCCUUCCACUGGGUUCUGGGCAACCCCACGCCAACAGUUUCAACUGGACACAAGCAGGACCACUUCUUCGAGAGUUCACCUUCGAAGAGGAAUCUGUGCAGAGCCAUGAUCGAAGCUUGGCAGAUAUGAUGCGGCUCAGUUCCGAACUGUUCGAUGAGCGAAGUGGUCCAAGCCCAGCGCGACCCUUCAGCCAGAUGAGCAUCAUCAUUUCAGAUGGCCGCUUCAAUAAGAACAAAGUCAGACCAUGGGUUCAUUCAGCAUUGGCACGGCAGCAACUUCCUCUUCUGAUCAUAGUUGACGCUGAGUUUGAAGGGGCUCAGCCAGCUGGAAGCACUGCGAAACGGAGUGUCUUUGACCUCCGAGCAGUCACUUACGAAUCGGGUCGAUGCCAGGUUGUACCAUACUUGCAGGACUUCCCAUUUCCGUAUUAUGUCGUGGUUCAGGAUUUGCAGAGUCUUCCAGCAAUCUUGAGCGAUGUGAUGAAGCAAUGGUUCGAACUCGCAACGAGUGCCUGA